CUUAACGCUCAUCAGCACCGUGAACCUCUGUCGUCGUGACUCGCGAACCCUUUGGCUAUCCUUGAGUCGUACUAUUCGUGAUUCAAAAACACCAAACCUAAAGACUGACGAGCGCGAAGUGGAGCGACGGCUUUGUAUUGAAAAAGUAUUGCGGGAUACGGGUUUAGUGGACCACUGGAGCAGCAAGUCGAUGGGGUCUUCAACCAUUUAUACGUCUUUGAAUGUGCCCACUGUUAUUACCUCUCCCUCCGUGAACUGUCUGCAAUGGUCCGAAGAUGGUCAAGCGUUUUUUACCUCGAAAUCUGCUGUUUAUAUCAUGACUCCCGAACACGGUAUCAACUUUGACGUCGACUCAGUUCUGAAAUCGUCUGUUGAUGAGGACACGGAUGAAAACCCUUUGUCGGGAUGGUUUAGAACUAUGAUAGCGAUUGAUAAAACAGACGCGUGCAGGUGGACUGAUUAUUCGCAAGAUUGGAGUGCAACGUCCUUGGGUUCUAUGGAUAUUAGUGUCUGGGCUAUAACACUUUCACCGAGCCAAUUAACACCGGAUGCGGGAUGCAUCCUCGCUAUACUCAGUAGCAAUAUGGACUUGACCCUAUGGAUAGCCGGUAAAAAUGCUUUGAAAGGUGAAUGGAAGAAGAUCACCUGUGUAACGACCAUGUUAUUGGAUCAUUUUAUGAAAGACACCUCUCUUUCUGCUACCGCUAACACCCUUGCUGCCCAAGUCCUUUGCAUCGAUUGGUCCUCUCAGCCGAAUUUCGCACUUUCACCUGCGCCCGGAUUGGAUAAUUCCUUCUUGGUAUGCGGAAACAGGGCUGGAACACUCUUGUUCAUUAGACAUGCCGACGGAAGCAAAGAUAAGAUAAACCUCGAGUACAAGCUCACCGUGACAGAUCGGUGGAUUUUACAGGUCGCUUUUUCGAAAUGGAUACUUGUUCAGCCUUUGACAUGUAUCGCUCUCGUAGCCUAUUCAACUCCAGAUGGCACCAUUGGGUUCGUCAGAGUCACACAGACUCUUCAGCAAACCUCGAAGCAAACCCCGUUUGCGCUACCGUUUACUAUGUCCACUGCAUUUGAACAGCUCGAGACGAAGGUGCUGGAUACCCGAAAGGGAGCACUUACGGCGUUGAAGUGGGUUGAUGUACCUGGGCGUUUACCAAUCUUAGCAUAUACUCGACCUGGGACGGUUCAUCUCUGGUCUCCGUCUGACCCCUCCCCGUUCUCCAUCUCCCAUCCCACUUCCACCACCACGUUAUAUCACCCUUCAUGGUCAGGCGUCCAAACCCUAACGCUUAAAACCCCCAAACAACUCUCCAUCGACUCCUCCCCUCUCCACCAAUCAACCGGUAUGCAAUAUAUCAGCGCCCGAGACGCCCUAGUCCUGUGCCUCGUCGAUGGGUCAUUUCACGUGGUGUAUGGCAUCGCUGGGGUUGCUUGUUCAGUACCGAUACUGGACUAUGAGAACGUUGCUGCUACGGGCGUGAGGACGACAAAUGUAGGUACGGCUGCGGUUGCGGUGGUUGAUAGACCACGAUCUUUAAAAAGCGAGAGUCUAUCGACCACUGCUCGCGGGGUGUUUGUUCGUAUUGAACGGGCUGCUGCUGGUUCUAAUUCUAAUUCUGCGGGGGUUGGAGGAGGCGCUGGUACGUUUGCGGAUGCGAUGAGGACGAGUGGGAUGGUUUGUUAUGAUGGAGGUCUUGGGACUGUUAUGUGGAUACAUGAACCCACCCGUCCCGCAGAUCUCAGCUACAAACACGACGCGAAACAUAACAGCAUCCUUACCGUGACAAGGCUUUGGGACGGAGAAGAUUCUGAUGAAAACGUAUUAGGUGCUCUCGAGAGGGUUUUGAGUGACUCGCAACUCGGCCCAGCACCUUUACACCACCUCCGCCCCAUCUUUUUCCACCUCAGACAACGAGCGAGGCUUGCACGCUUACAUGAUCGUUUACUUGAGAUUUUGGAGAUUGGUGAUAAUGAGGGUGGAACGGAGCAACCACAUCAAAGUACAACCAAUGCUUACCAAGAUCCCAUGAAUAUACACCUAGACCUUCGAAACAGUCUGAAAAGACAUUUAUUCGGCGACGAACAGUUGAUGCGGUUGAGGAUGAAAUUGUCCUUGACGGAUUUUGCGUGGAAAUUAUCCUCCCUCGAUACCAUCAAACAAUCCCAAUACGGCGCAAUAGCCCAACGUCUCCUCGCACGGAUAUCUCACGAAAAUCUCAAAGUCGUUAUUCAGCAUUUGAUUGGUAUUAUUAAUGUUAUUGGCAGAGUUAGUAGUGGGGGUAGGGCGGUUGCACCCAACAUCCCCUUCAUCCUCCGGCUCAUUCUCCAAUCUUCCCUCCCAUCCUCGUCACCACCACCCCUCUCCUCAUCUUCUCCCCCAUCCCCGGAAGACUUGUCGUUGAUUGCUGAAGGCCAAAAACUAUUGAAGGCAGUGAACGGAGUUCUACCUCAAGGACAUACCAACAACCACCUUAACCUAAGUGAAAUAUGUCCUGCAUGUGGAGUCGAGGUGCCGUUCCAGAACAUAAUCAAUGCAGCAUGUGAGAAUGGACAUAGGUGGUCUCGAUGUUCUAUCACAACGUUUAUACUGUCUACGGCACAUGUGCGGACGUGUAUUGGGUGUACGCGGAAGGCGUUUUUGCCCCCGCUUUCGGAGUUUAGAGAAGAUGGAGAAGAUAGUGAGCAGGGUGGUGGCGAGCAUGCGGAACAUCAAGGACAAGAAAAAAAAUUGUUUCCCAAACACAGCUCUCUCCCUCAUGCAGUCUGUGAAAGCUGGUUUGUGGUAGAGCUACUAGAAGCAGUGCAUAGAUGUUUGUUUUGUGGGAAUGCAUUUGUUAGUGUGUUGUAGGUGCUUGUAGGGUUCCAGGUGUAUUGUAGGGUUGUAGAUAGUUGAGAUGGUCAAUGCAGAUUGAUGAAAACUAUGGAGCA